UGUGCUUCUCGCCUGCUUUUCCAUCCUCGCAGCCUCUAGACUCCCACAACCUCCCACACUCCGACAAGCGGGCGACCGUGGCUGGCCUUGGUGCUUUUCUCCCCACACCCGAGUCCUGUUUGUCCAGGGUCGCCUGCGAGUAUAGCACCACACCACUCACCGAGUCACCGACCGUGCUUUGCUUGUCCUGGCUGCAGGUGCUUCUUUCCACUGUCCCUCAGCCGAGUAUCGAGUCAUCUGUUGCACCUUGACUUCGACUCACACAUUUCUCAAAUCUUCCUCUCUUCUGCAGAAUCCCAAUCCUUAGAUCUCUUUCGGGCUCAUUAACAUCUUCUCAUCACUUUACUCCUCUCGUCACUACUAUCUCAUACCUCAUUUGUCUUCGUAUUCUUACUGUUUCGUUACCUGCCUCGGCACCCUACACUCCAGCACCGUCGGAGCAGGUCGGACCACCAUCAACAACACCACUUUUGUAAGGCCAGAAUUUGGACUCAUCAUCGCUGUUUCCGGUCUCUAUUCCUUGCCGCAUUCAAAUUGUGUGACCUCAGCGUUCCAGGCCGCAAGGCCUGAUCCUUAGCCAACAACAUGUCGUGGAAGCCCUCUGAGAAGCUUCUCCAGACCAUCGGACAUUAUGCCAGCUUCCCUCCGACCGGCGUUUCUCUGCGCCAGAUGGUUCAAUUUGGCGAGAAACCCUCUACUGGUUUGUACUCUGCCCUUGAUACUAAACGCCUUUCACUAACAAGUCGCCCUUAGGCACCUUGUUCCGCGCCUCUCAAUUCCUCUCCGAAGAGCUUCCGGUCCGCCUUGCGCAUCGAGUAGAGGAGUUGGGCAAGUUGCCCGACGGACUCAAUGAAAUGGACUCCAUCAAAAAAGUUCGGGAUUGGUAUGCACAGUCAUUUGAAGAAAUCACCACAUUGCCGCGGCCCGACAUCGAUAAGGAAACCAAAGAUCGACUCCUCAAUCCUCCAAAGAAAAGCACCAACAGACUUUCCUCCACCACUCGAAACCCUAGUCUCACAUCAGAGUUGCAUGGCAAUGGCAAGAAUGGUCAGAACUCGAGAAGAUACUUUGCGGGUGUUGACGAUGGAAGAGAAUGGCCGCCCUCUUUGGCCGAGUACAAUCGUAAAUUCAGCCGCACUCUCGAGGCAAUCAAAAGGAGACACGAUGCUGUUGUGACCACCGUUGCCCAGGGCAUCAAUGAGUGGAAACGCAAGCAGCAGAGAAUGCAAAUCGACUCAUCGAUCCAGCAAUUUCUCGAUCGCUUCUACAUGUCACGUAUCGGCAUCCGAAUGCUCAUCGGCCAACACAUUGCCCUCACCGAUCAAACAUCGCACAAGCAUCCCAACUACGUCGGUAUAAUUUGUACCAAAACAAACGUCAAGGAGCUCGCAGAAGAAGCCAUUGAGAACGCAAGAUUCGUUUGCGAAGACCAUUACGGCUUGUUCGAGGCACCAAAAGUUCAAUUGUUCUGUUCGCCGAGCCUCAACUUCAUGUAUGUGCCAGGCCACUUGUCACAUAUGCUCUUUGAGACCUUGAAGAAUUCUCUCAGAGCUGUUGUCGAGACCCAUGGCGCAGAGAAGCAGGAGUUUCCCACCACAAAGGUCAUUGUUGCCGAGGGAAAGGAAGAUAUCACCAUCAAAAUCAGUGACGAAGGAGGUGGAAUCCCUCGAUCUGCCAUUCCUCUUGUUUGGACUUAUAUGUAUACUACCGUCGACACGACCCCGGAAUUGGAUCCAGGUUUCGACAAAAGCGAUUUUAAGGCGCCUAUGGCAGGCUUCGGUUACGGACUACCCAUUUCACGAUUAUAUGCAAGGUACUUCGGAGGAGAUUUGAAAUUGAUCUCAAUGGAAGGAUAUGGCACCGAUGUAUACCUACAUCUCAACAGACUUUCUUCCUCGUCGGAACCUCUGCAAUAACAAUCAGCAGUCAUGAGGGAUGUCGGUUUGAGCGGCACAUCCCAAGGAUUGGCGUUUCAUAAAAGUUCGAUCGCAAGUCUUAAUUCACGCAUGGCCGCAAUGCGUUCGAAAAACAAGGGGGGAGAAGUUUCGGAAAGAAAACAGGUGGGCGAUGCCAGCAGUAUGAUCAAUGAAGAGCCUAACGUCGUGAGGCCUGGUGGAGCAAGCCAGUGGCUAGAAUGAAACAGGUGUUGAUGGCCGUUGCUCGAAUAUGGAAGAGAUGAGAAAUCUAUAUGGGAUUAUAGAUCCAAGAACAGAAAACUCUUGGAAAGGCCACCGGAUUGUGCCAGGUGCCCUUGAAUUGUUGAUAAUGACUCAAGUUAUCCACAACCACACUCACAGUGUGUGCAUAUCAAGCCAAAAAUGUAAACGAUUGGCAAACGGAUCGAUGUUUUCUACGUUGUGUUCUGAACCACGAGCGACACGAAACGAACGACACCAGCAACAGGUCGGUCAACGUCAACGAGGGGAUCACAUCCUUUGCAGCAAGAUUAACACACCGCCUCCCCCGGAAAGACGAUUACUCGGUUCCUCUACAUCUCAAUUUGGAUCUCAGAAACCAAAAGUAUCAUCGCACGUGAAUGAACUACUUAGGCACCAGAUUCGUAAGUUCAUUAAUGCACAAAGACAGGAUGCUAUAUACACACAUGCGCAUACG